AUGAGCUCGUACACAGGAAGAAGACAAAGUCCUCAAAGGGGCCACAACAGUGCAGGAAAAAUAAAUGGCAAUGUCUAUACACAGGCACAACCUGAACCUGGUGGGAGAGCAGAGGGCCUAAAUGGGCCAUUUCCAAUCAAGCCGGUCUACCACAAAAGAUCUGUCCAACCCAGUAAACAAGACAUAUUUAAACCGUAUGAUUUAGAAAAAACUGCUAUGACAAAACAACCAAGAGACCCUUCGUCGGCCCAGGAACAGCUUACAAAUGGCAAAGAAACCAACGGAUCCCGAGAUCCAAGAAACCGCUCCGACUGCAGAACGCCCAGCGGAGAACUGCAGAUGGACAGAGCGAUUCAUGCGGGAAAGCUCAUGCUGCAGGAUAAGCUGUGGAUCUUAGCGGAAAAAAUGAGACAAAAAAAACAGAGGGACGCCGCUGCACUCGAUGACCUAAAGAGUGAGGAGCCGAGACACAGCAGGGGACAGGCUGAAAGAGGAAACCCUCAGACCAGAUCCAGGCUGCCAGAGCAGCAGAGGAGAGGACCAGCGCACAGAAGGGAAACAAAGGGGCAAGGAAGAGGACAGGAGAAUUUUGAACACGUGGAGACACAAGGUCAAGAAGAAGGGGCCAGGGGCACAGGAAGGGAAAUGGCAGUCGCAGAGUCACGCGAAAAAGCAACUCACCAGAUCACAGUUCCGGAGCAAGAAGUGAGUGGAAAGCUGAGCAAACCACGGUGGGAAAAAGUGAGAAGGGAAGAGGAUGAAGAAAAAAACGGCAUUUGGGGCGAGACACGUGUGAAGUUGCACAAUGGAACGGUGAAAGCAAAAGAAAGAUAUCAAAGUGCAGCCUCUGCGGGUGAUGAAGGUCGGGAGGGAGAGAAGAAAUACAGGGAAAGGACAUGUGAGGAGAAACGCGUUUCUGACACCGACCGAUAUACGCCUCAAACGAGUCAGCAGAAGGCUUCUCACGAAGCUGCAACGGGAGGGAGAAAACCAUCGGGGGGACCGUCGCGGCCCCCGGCGUCCCAUCCCGUCGGGCUCAGCGGACCAGAGCCGGACCAGAACCGGAACGAGGACUCCGGCCUCCAGCUCUUUCCUUGCAAGAUUUGCAAGAGAAAGUUUGCAGGCGAUAGACUGCAGAAGCACGUCCAAAUCUGCGAGAAGGUGAAACGAUCACCACGCAGAGUCUUCAACAGCCACCUUCACAGGAUCAAGGGAUCGGACGUAGAGAAGUUCUUAAAAACGCUGGAAGCCGUACCAGCUACACAAGCAGAGGUUUUUAAAUAACAAAAAGAAGAAGGAGCCAAGCGAAGAUAGCCCGGAUCCAAAAUGGAACCUCACAGCACAAAUGGACUGACCCGUGUAAAAGGUUUGGUUUGGAACCAUUUGAACAAGAAGUAAUAAAACACAGUGUCAAGUAAA